GCUUUUCUUUGGAGUUUAUUCAAUGUCCAGACCUCCAAGCCGGCCUGACGUAGGAGCAUGAUAAUGCUGGUAGUAGAUGGAUGGCUUCCCUUGACCAACGGUCAGUCGCAGCUCCCAGAUCUCACUAGAUAUUGUUUGAACAUCAUGUAGCGGCAGACAUGGGUUGAUAAAACAAUUAGGAAGUCUGCAUUGUCUUUGAGUGUAAUUGCCAGAAGUGAUCUUGACUGGCCAAUAAUUUGUUUGGAAAAUUUCAGUUUGGAAUCUGCUUGUGAACUUUCAAGGAGUUUAUUCUUAAUUUUUGGAUGUAUUACACUUGUAUAAGUUUACAAGAACAAGAAGAAACAUACAUGUAAACAAUUACCUACACUUGGAUGUUGUUCAUAAUUUAUAUUGCAAUUGUUUCUGAUAUGGAUGACUGACAUACAUGACUUUGGCCAACAGGAAGGUGUUUGCCAGAGAUGUACUCAUAGCCAGCGUAACUUAUUACUCCAGUCAACUCUUAGGAAUGUUCUUGGUCUCACUUAUCAACGUUUCAUCAUGUUUAUACAUCAGCAUAGAUCAUUCAUUAAACUGAUAAAUGUGAAGCCCAUGCAGGUGUCUUGAUAAUACUUUUCACUUACGAACUUUCUGACUGUAUCCAUCAUGCCAUUAGCUAAAAGCCGCUCAAUGCCCGGCUCCCUUGCAAGGCAAUGGAAAUUCAAGGCCUUGUCUACGAGGCGGCGGUCAGCCCCUGUAACGGUCAUCAAGAGUGCAUUGACCACCUCAUCAAAACUCAAGACAAUACAGGAUAAGAGCAAUAACAACAACAGCCCUGAAGGCAUGCUAGAACUUGGCUCCCUGUCCGCUAGUCUCAACCUCCCCAGUGUUGGGUCCAGGGAUAUCCCGUCUCCUACAUCGGAAGCACCGCCCUGUAAGAGGCUAUACAUCAUGGAAGGACCCGUUCAUAUCUCCGUUGGACCACAGAUCCAGAACAGAUACCUGGUGCUCAUGAAUGAUACGCUGCUUAUCGCUAAACCAAAGUCGGCUACUUCGUUGAGACUGAAACACAGGUUAAGAGUUGGGGAACUCUGGCUCAACACCUGCAUCGACGAGGUCAGUGAGGUCAUCAAAUCACAUGACUGUUCUUUCGUCUUGGGUUGGCCGACAAACAACGUGGUGCUCACGUUUGCAUCCAAUCAGGAGAGGGAGCUCUGGUGGCAGAAACUUAGCACGCACAUUGAAGUGAAGCGGAAGGAAGAUGAAGGAAAGUCUGUUCAAGUCAGGGUACUCAACAGAGAUCAGGAGUACUCCGCAUUUCCGUCCAAAACCUUACAGAUCGGCAACCACCAACAUUCAAGUGACCUGCUGGAUAUGGCCAUGCAGGAGUUUGGUAUGCCAGAAGAUGCUAGAAAUGAUUUCCAACUCUGGGUGCAGUCAGGCAGGGAAGAUUCUCUCUAUCCACUCAUAGGUCACGAGUAUCCUUAUGCAAUCAAGAUGAGUCACAUUCGAGAUGCCCAAGACAAACCAAGUGAUGUGGUCUUCAGUUCCGAGAUGGACCACCUAUCGUCUGCUGAGAACGAACUCAGAGAACAUCAAUGUCAGUUUAUCAUCAGGAGGAAAGGAAAGACUGGUACAGGAGGAAUCGAUUCCUCAGCUAUCCAGAGAAGACUGAAGAAAGGGCGUAAGUCUCCUUUCAAGCUUUCCUUCAAGAGGAGUAUCUCAAACAAAGAUGGAUCCUCACCAGGAUCAUCUCCACUAUCACCCCAUGCAAGGUUAUUUGGUCUUCCAUUGAGCAUGGUAUGUCCAGAGAACACCUUGCCCAAGCCCAUCCAAGACCUCCUGACCACCCUCUACCACCAGGCUCCAUUCGUGACGGGGAUCUUCAGAAAGUCCGCCAACGCCAGGGUGUCCCGUGAGCUGCGGGAGGCCCUCGAUGCCGGGGAGCAGUGCAGUCUGGAUGAUGUGUCCGUCCACGUUGCUGCAUCUGUCCUCAAGGACUUCCUACGUAGUCUUCCAGACAGUCUACUGGUGUGUAGUCAGUGUGAGGAAUGGAUCAGUACCAUAGACAUUGCUGACAAGGAAGAGAAGCUUCAAGCCAUCAAAAGCUUGCUGGGUCAACUGUUGGAUAUCAACCAGGUGUUGCUUCGACACCUGUUCAACGUUUUGUACUACGUUUCCCUCCAUAUGGAUGAGAACAACAUGAACAGCUACAACCUGUCAAUCUGUGUUGCACCAAGCAUGCUCUGGCCUCCAGCCAAUGCUGGCCCUGUAACUCAGGCUAUGGCCACUAAGAAGAUCCCAGCAGUGGUGGAGUUCAUCAUUGACAAUGUCAAGGAAGUGUUUGGUGAUGAUGUCUUGACACUCUUUGGAGAACCACCCGUCCAGGCAACAGAGCGAAGGAGACAUGACUCUAGUGGUGACUCUGAUAGUAUGAAUGAGGUGUCGCCGUUCAUCAAGCGUGAUGACUCUUCUCUGGACAGUAUUGAGAAAGAGUUCUUUGCUAAUGACAAUGAACAAGAGCCCAUUGGGGCCAUCCACAAGUGGAACUAUGGAACCACUCCAGUGCUAUCACCAUCAACUCUGAGCCGGGAUUCUGGCAUUACAUCCAGCGAUAAUCAGUUAUACCCUGACUCUGAUAAUACAGAUACGACAGACUCUGGCAUGGAUUCCAAAGAAAAAUUGAGUGUGGUGCCCAAUGCAAGCGGGAGACCGGCUAAGAUUUCCGCACAAUUUAGCGAUGAUUUGUUCUGGAGGCAGAGGAGGGGUUCUGAGCCUGCCCCCAUCUCUAAGGAAGCAGCAAGGCAUCGCAUGGCUUUGCUUGCAAGCUCGGCAAACAAUACUGCAGACAAUAGUCCAGAAAUCUCUGAUCAGGAAUCAUAUAACCUUAGUGAGGACACACUGAAAUUGAUCAAGGAUCUGAACAGGGAUUGUUCAUCAAAUUUGUUGAAUGCGAUGUUACCCGAGGAUAUGCGAUCCAACUCGAGAAAAUCCAGUGCGAAUGGCUCUGGUCUGCAAAUAAAUGAGAAAGGACUCGUUCCAAGUAAUACCCAAAGUGUGAAUUCUAUGCCUACAACUCCUACAGAAGAAGAUCCAAUGCAUUCUAUUUCAUAUGGACGUAGACAAUCUGUUCCUUCCAUUGGAUCAGGAUCCCCAACAUUCCCCCGUCGACUAACAUCCAGUCGGCGCAGUGCUUCUUCAAUGUCGUCUUCAUCAUCAGAGAGAAUGAGCGAUGCACAAUCAUCUAGUUCCUCUGAGAGACUGCAUUCGUCUAAGCUAGGUAUGAAACCCCAAAGGACUGAGAUAGACAUGACUAAGACUCUGCAAGCUGCCAGCUCUAACACCGGCCGCUUGUCACCUCAUGGUGGGCCAAACAUGGGACAGCAUGGCUUUCAGCCAACCUACAAAAAACUGUUUAUGAACUCUGAUACGCGAGGCCUGCCUUCUCGGCCAAAUGCUUUGCCAGUGCGACCAAGACACCAUCCUAGACCAUCACAAACCAAAGAAGCCACUCCUCCAAGGGAAUUCUUCCCGAAGGAUGCUACAACUCGCUCAACGACCCUGUCGCAGAGUCCGCGUAGUCUUCCCACUCACCAAGAGCAGACAGAGAAACGGACGCCUCCCAUGAAACGCAACAGCAGUCCUUCCAUUGCAAUUGGUCAGCACACUAAGCAACGUGUCAGCAAGACCCAAUCAGACUCGUCUCAAUCCAGAACAACUCCACCUACUUAUCAAGAAGCCAUGAAUAGACGAGCAUUCCUCCAAAGAAGUACAAAGAGUCUGGACACUGAAGUGUUGACUGUGGCCUCUGACCAGAGUCCCAGAAGGAGAUCAACCGAAGCCAAUGUUGCCAAGCACCGGCAUGAAGAAAGGCCAGGCAAACCGAAACGUCAUCUCACAGCUGGAGGUAUCAUUUUUCUGGACUCUGAUACCGAUUCCAGUGAUGACAAUGGUGAUUAUAGGAAUGGAUAUGGAUCUGGAAAAGGUCGUGGAGUGAGACGUACAUCAAGUGAUAGCGUUGCUACUAAUCGCAAAGGGUCUUCUACAUCUGUCCAGCGUAGCAGUAGCGAUACUGCCAAGCCUGCAGGAAAUGAGGUACGGACGAAACAACAGCAACGCAAUGCUGAGAACACACGCAGGUCAAGCCAACCUGUGCCUCCUAGGAGACGGCAUCAUAAUGGUGAAGUCCCUCGUAGAACAUCUGCUGGUAACCAUCCCGGCAGGAGACAACCAGAACCUACCAACUCAUCAAAAUCUUCUGACCCUGUGUCAGGACGCAGCACUGCCUUGCAUUUCCCUUUCCCUGACCCUCGCGCUGAACCACCCUCCUCCCCUCUAGCCUCCCCUCGCUCCAAAGCAAACAUGGAUGCCAAGAACGGACUCAAGAAAGUUUCUGGGAGUGAGCAAACAGUUAGUCAAGCACGUGCCGAUUGGCAAAGAAAGAAGACCUCGAUCGGCAAGGACCUGAAACUUACUGUUCACGACCUUGCAAACAUUGACUAUACAGAUGAAUCCUAUGUAUGAUCUAUCCCUUGAAACUAUAUUCUGUGAUCAAGUUAUUUGGUCUGUCAUACUGAAUCACCUAAUUUGUUCUUUUUUAUCAGAAUCAAAUGUAUUCAGGUUAGCAGGUAAUAUACUGUUGCCAUUCCAUGUUAAUGUUGUGAUGAAAGUGUUUUAGUACUUGUAUAAUGAUGUCUCGUGUUGUAUGUGGUCCAUUUGUAUAUCAUGGCUUAUAUCUUGUAGAUUCAGCAAAGCCAUAAUGUUUUAUUAAUUUUGAGUAAAUUUUUAUUACCCUAGAAAAAACUGUAGAAUUCUUCACCAUUAACCCUGUGUUGGCUAGGUACCGACACUCUAGUUCAUCUUCUAGUCUCGGUCAAAAUUCUGUCUUUCUGUCUUGCUAUUGUAACAUAUGGAUGAACUGUAGCAUGGAUGGUAAGAUGAAACCGAGGAUGGCACGGUAACAUAAACUAUCUCACUUAACUUUUGAAUGUGUGCUAAGCUUGGCUGAUAAGGAACUCUUUAUUACUAUGUAAUAUCUGAGAAUGUUCAAUGUCAGAGUAGCGAUAAGUCUUAUCUUUCAAAAAAAGUAAUAAUUGAUAUCUCUCUGACUCAGCAGACAAGAAAUGGAGGUUAAUCUAAUGUAGAACGAAAUGUUGCCUUUCCCUAUCACCUUGUUGUUACUACAGAGAUUACAAAUUCUUAAAAUUGUUAGAUGUCAUUAAUUACAUAGAAGUAUAGCUUUUCUUUGAUAUGUUUUGUGAAAUCAGUCCCAGAAUAGUUUUCAUGUGUUUCCAGUAUUUCUAAAGGACUUUACAUUCUGUUAUAAUAUUAAUGCAGUAUUUCAUAUGAUCUACAAAAAGGGGUUAAAAACAGAACACUCCACACACAAGAAUAUUAUUUUAAUGAAAGCUUUAUGACUUUUUACGAGUCUGGCGUCGUUGAUAUCCAUUACUUCAUUAGAGGUUUGACAUGGAAUUACUUUCAACUUUUUUAAUAAACAGUGUAUUUGUAUAAUGUUUCUCGUAGUUAAGUGUGUAGAUGUUUUAAUGUCAUGGUGACAUGUUAAGUUCUUAAGGAAGUUUACUUUAGGUGUGUAAAAAAAUGAUAACCAACUACCUCAUUCAUUUUUAAAAAGCUUUUAGCUUUUCAUGUCAGUGAAAGAUGCAUAAUAACUAAAUUUCUAUAGGAUAUUUUUUUUCUAUUUUUUUUUUUUCAUUUUGAUUUUGGAAAUGUUUGAUAUGUGAUGAUAUAUUUAUACAUAAGUAAACCUCUACUUUGUUAUGAUAUCAUGCCGUAAUUCAUCAUUUUCAAACAAGAGAUUCCAAUAUAAAUUACAUCCUAAACAUUUGUUUAAAACAUGAGAAAGGUGAUUUUGGUAUAUGUUUUAAGGGAAAAAUCAAAACAGAGUGAUUGUUUCCUUUAGAAUGGUGAAUCAUUGGACCAUUAUAUACAACUCUUCCAUUUAUGAAAAGCAAUAUACAUGUAUGAUAUUUACAUAACUAAACUAUCCGGAUACUUUAUUCAAAGGUUUGGAUUGUUUUUAGAUUGAGAUUGGAAUGUACGAUCCUUCAAUUACUUCGACCAACUUGUAUUGACAUGCUCCUUUUAUAUAAACUGAUUAAUUACUUCUCAAUAGGCCCUGUUGUACAUACAGCAAGAGGCUUCACUGGUUGAAUAUAAAACCACUUUUGUGUAUAUGCAUUUCAAGUGAAGAGAGUAAUCAAAAUACAUGUUGCUUUUCAGAACAAUAUCUUGUGAUUCUUUUCCUGCCUUUCAGCUACUUUGAUUGAAAUUUACUUGGGGAAAAUUAAGUACACUGAAUUGAAUUUUCUUUGUCACUUUAGAUCUUUGAAUGAGUGAAGAUAAGAAUGUGAUUUUUGUCAUUUUUAUGUUUACUGAUGUAGGUGAAAUAUUUUCAUCUAUUUUAUUUGUUACCAAUAUCUCACAUAUACACAGUUACUGGUACAAAUUAUAACCACAAAUACUUAUGCAAUAUUUUUCACUCUCUGCUACUCUAUUGGCAUGUAUCACAAACAAUUUUUGACAAUUUUGUUGUAAUGAAUAUUAUGCUUUUGUCUUAUUUUCAAGACAAUAAUCUUUUUUUUUUCAUAUCAAACAUGACCAAGCCAACUUUGUAUACUCACUGAUCAUAUGUCAUGUAACAGACAACACCAUUCAUGAUAUGUACAGUUUUCUCUAUUGUACAUAUCAAUGUUAAAGUGUACAGCUUUCAUCCUUUCUUAUUUGUUUAAAGAAUUGAUGUAGAGGGCGCCCUUUUGUAUUAUUUCUAUAGCCUUGUACAUGGAUGCCACAUGGUGGUACCACAUUUUUUGUAAGUAUCUGUACAGAAUUAAUGCCACAAGUUAUGCCAGUAUUUUAUUCACAUAUUUAUGCAAAUAGUAAUUAAAAAAACCUGGAAAAUUAA